CUACGGAGUACCCGCAGCCCACGGCCUCCCUAGGGCCUACGGACUUCCAUCCUUAUAGACUCCCUGCACCUUACGCAGUCUACGGGGUCCCAUAAACUCCCUACACUCCACCCUAUCUACGGACUACCAAGAACUCCGCGGACUGCCGGGAGUAUGUUGCGCCCGUGGAACUCUACGCCGGGCACCAUAGCCCUUGGCCUGUGUCAGACCGAACUUGAAAACUUAAACCUAUUUUUCAACCCUGUCUCUAGCCCUACUUACGAGCCCGGUUGGGGGCCUUCGGGUUCUAGAGCCUAUGGCCUUCUUCCGCUGCGGCGAAACCCCUGCGAACCCUGCUGCGCCGUGGAGGAUAGUGCGGUAUGGUUCGAGCAGAUUCGUUUGGUAGUCUUAUCAAAGUGCCGAGCUUCGACACUCGGUGACUGGAUGAUUCCCCGAUUACAACGAACCACGUCUGACAACCACACCUUUUGUGCUCCUACCGUAUUCUAAUCGGGAGGCCUCUCCUGGCCGAGUUCUAGGUCUUGGCUGACGGACUACGAGCAAGUCGGGCUAUAUUAAUGGCCAUUGGCGUCCUUCCAUGCUUUCCUUCCUCUACUCGUAGAGCGAUACAUAUCGCCCUCAUCAGGCUGAACUCCAAAAUAUCUUACAAGAAUCCAAUAAUAUAAUGAACCCGCCGAAUCAACAUUACUACGGCCAGUACCCGCCAGCUGGAGGGCCGCCUCUUGCUGGGCAACCUCAGCCAGGACACCAGCCGCCCCCGCAAGGCUCUGGUUCCUACCCACCUUAUACCCCGCCUCCUGGAGCAUCGGCAGCUCUAGGCCUGCCCCCGUACUCUAAUUACAAUGCCCCUCAGGGCCCGCCUCAGCCGGGCCAGUAUCAGCCUCAGCCUUAUCCCGGGGGAGCGUCCUCAGACUUAGGUGGAUAUCCUCCAGGUCAGGCAAAGCAAUAUCCAAACCAGCCUUAUCCUCAUCAACCUACGCCGCAGGGACAAUACGGACAACUGUCUGCUCUAUAUGAGCAAUAUCCUCCAAACCCCUAUCCCUACCAAGCUCCCAAUGCCAACCCACGGGUUCCGGCGCCCCCCGGACAGUGGCCACAACCGCAUGUGACCCCACAGGGCUACGGUGUACCUCCGACACCUGCAUCGCCAGGCUAUGACCCGGCCCAGAAGGCGUUCUAUGCGCCGAUUGAUACAUCGGCAGAUGCGGAAGCUAUCCGCAAGGCCAUGAAGGGUAUGGGGUGUAACGAAGCAGAGCUGAUCCGCGUGUUCACGGCACCCAAAUACGACAACCCUUGGGCCUUGGCACAGCUUGUUGACGACUAUAAUAAACGCUUUAUUCGAGACUUGAAGAAGGAUAUUGAGAGCGAGACACGUGGCGACUUAGAGACCGCAUUGCUGGCUCUCAUCCGGGGCCCGCUAGAGCAUGACGUACGAGUCCUCAUCAAGGCCCUCGACCGUAUAGGAACCGAUGAAGGCGCCCUCAUGGACGUCCUUCUGUGCCGGUCGAACGCGGAUAUCCGGGCCAUAACUGCCGAGUACAAGCGGAUAAAGGGCAAGGAGCUGUUAAUAGACAUCAAGAACGACGUCGAUGAUGCGCUAUUCCGACUUUACAGUAUGGUGCUAUCGGCCACGCGGGCGGAGGACUCGGCGCCGUUGGUAGCCGUUGAAAUUGACCAGAAGGUAACGGAACUACAACGCGCAACGGAGGGCACCUUCGGUGCCAACGUGGUAUCCGUGGUGCAGAUAUUUACCAGUUCCAACGCUGCUCAGCUCCGCGCGAUCUCGGAGGCGUACCAACGGAAAUACCACCGCUCCCUCGAACACGUCAUCGAGAAGGAGUUCCGCGGCGACAUGGAAGACGCGCUGCUGUACAUGCUCGAUAGCGCCAACGACCAGGCGCGCUCGGACGCCCGGAGGCUGGAGACGCCGCUGUGCAGCACCCCUCGGAAAGACCGCCUGUUCAUCAACAGAGUCGUCAGCCUGCACUGGGACCGCAACCGUCUGGACCAGGCCAAGGCGGCGUAUCAUAUGCAUUCCCAGCUCAGGGCGUCGAUUCGCGGAACGGUCAGGACGUUGCUGAGCGGAGACUACGAGAACUUGAUACUUGCCCUCCUUCGCGAGAGGCAGUAAAGGGAGAGGGAGUGGUGCCAGUUGCCGGCAAAAAUGGAUUGCCCAAGCACGUGGGUGAUGAGCGCUCAUUUGUGAGCGGAUACGAAGUCGCGGUGUCCAAGGAUAUGUGUUUACUAAACUCGUGAGCAAGAUGGCCACCGGCCAUGGUAGCUAAAUAGGACCUUGCCAUUGCUUGACGAGGCUUGGCUGUAAUACUGCUUGCCCAUGUAUUUUGCUGCUAGAGAUUUAUGACUACCUCGGGCAGCCAACCGUGCUGCUCGGUAUUACAAUCUCUGAACCGUUCAAUGGCUGAUGGAUAUGAGACAUCAGGACCCCGUUAGACUAACUAAGUAUCCACUGCCUGGACAGAAUGAGAGAGAGACGCAUGGCGGUGACGAGGACCGCGUGGUAGUUUGCCAACGCCGGUGGGGGAAAUGGUGACCGGUCGGGCCACGAUGACAGCGACCUCUAAACCCUCAAAAAUAGUUUGCAUUAGCAAUCCCCCUUGACGUGUGCUUAUAAUCAUGUCUCGCUAUUUAUCACGUCUUGCACAUGAUAAAGCUUACUAUAACUGAAUCACGAUAGACCGAGGGGCUCGUAUUCGGCCCAAUCUACGUCAGGCUGACUAGAGAACGGACGCGUUGUUUCUCCUCUACGUCAUCGCGCCCGCUCCGAAUUCCAGCGACGAUAAAAUACCGUCUAGGCGACGUGGCCGGAACCGGGCUUG